AUGUCGUCGUCGUUCGAGGAUGUCGCGUUCGGCGCCGCCGGCGCGCGGGCCCGCGUCCUCGCCGCGCCAUCGUCCGCGUCGACGCGCGCGGCGGUGAUCGUCCUGCAGGAGUGGUGGGGCGUCAACGACGUCGUCCUCGCGCACGCUCGACGAUUGCGCGACGAACUGGGCGUGACGGUGCUCGUCCCUGACUUGUACCGCGGCGAGCUCGGCGUCGACGUCGAGGAAGCGCAUCACCUGAUGACGAACAUGGAUUGGAAAGUGGCGACCGAAGAGAUCCGCGAGGCGGCCGCGUGGCUGCGGGCGGAGCGAAAGGCGGAAAGAGUGGGCGUCGUGGGAUUCUGCAUGGGCGGCGCGCUGACGCUCAUCGCCGCGGCAAAGGCGAGCGUGGAUUGCGCGGUGCCGUUUUACGGGAUUCCGGGCGACGACGCGUGCGAUGUGAGCGCGAUCGAGGUUCCGGUGCAAGGACACUUCGGGGAGAAGGACAAUUUGGUUGGAUUUUCGGAUCCCGGCAGCGCGAAGAAAUUGCGAGAGAGACUUCGCCAGGGCGAGAUACACUUUUACGAAAACGUCGGGCACGCCUUCAUGAACACGACGCCUCAACCGUAUCCGAACUUUGAGGAGCGAGAGAAAGUGCAAGGGUUUCCAAAGCUCGAUGAGUCCGCGGUCGAGCUCGCGUGGUCGCGCGUAGACGCGUUUUUGCGCAAACAUCUCCAAUUGUAA